UCGCUUCGUUUAUCCUUUGUGAAUCACCGCCGAUCAGCCUCCCGUCCAUCAGUCGGCAUCGGCAGGUGCAGUCGAGAUAACCGGUGCCUGAAACCAUGUCAAUAAUCUCAAAAACAGAAGACAUGGGGGGUUAAAAGUGUCCAUCUCCCCUGGUACCAAUCCCAGCCAACCCUUAGUACCUCCUCCCCGUGACCCGGCCCCUCCAGGUGCGAAAAUUAGCGACCAUCCUCUAUCGACUACCUUCCAUCGCCUAUCCAAGUGCCCAGGAAUAUUCCCCAGUGAUCCAAUUCGCGAAUCGAGUCCGGAAUAUUUCCCUCCUGCCCGGAAGAUCGACUUCCGCACUCCCACGGAAUUUCGCCCACGAACACGAGGAGAGACGGGGUACCCUCCGGCUCGGAAAAGUGCGAAAACACGUCGCGGGUGUAUAAGUGGUGAGCUCGAAGCGCAACGGGAAGGGCCUUGGAUCGCGAAACGGCCUAAGGAUUGCGUAAGCUGGCCGUUUAAAGCUCCAAACGUGGGUGGACAAGGACUCGCCUCGGUGGAGGCCGGCUCUCGAGAAGUGCGGCGAAAAUCUCCCAGUUAAUCUGCCCCGUAAAUCGAAAGCCUGCCGAGCUGGGAAUGAAGUAAAUUGCCGAUAGGCAUCGACCGGAACCUGGGGAUUUAACGAUCCGUAUUAGUUGGCCAUGGAGAUCAAGAUGAUCCACAUAUUGCUCCUUGGGAUGCUGACCAUAGUCGCUCCCGUUUUGGGGAAGUGCACAUUGACUUCCACCGACGAUGAUCGAUCCAUCGCCUACUCUUGUGUCCAGAGCACCCUGGCCGAUCUAGACCAGCUCGCAGAGAACGUCGACUGGAUCGAAUUCUCGGUUUCUAGGCUGCACUCCAUACCUAGUGCAGCCUUUUCUAGAUUUUCGUCCUUGAAGAGGCUUGCCUUCUAUAAUUGCGACGUUCGAAGCGUCGACCCCAGACCUUUUCAGGGUCUGGACCACCUCGAGUGGCUGGUCUUUUACAACACGAAGAUCGGCUCACUCAGGGCAUCCUGGUUCCAGGAUACUCCUAACUUGACCAGGCUCUCCGUGGAGAAGGCUGAGCUUCUUUACGUGGAGCCGGAGGUCUUCUCUAGAUUAGGGAAGCUGGAUACCUUGAGUCUCAGAGAUAACGACCUCAGUUGUCUCCCGAGUGACACUCUGGACUCCGUUCGGACUCUUCGGAAUGUCCAGCUGGAUAUGAAUCCUUGGCUCUGCGAGUGCAGAACCGAAUUGGCCAGGUUCUUCCAUCGGGAUGUUCGAAUGCACAAUGGGGAGGAAGGAUCAGCAAGAGCCCCGAAGGACUUCGAGUGUAUGGCAAGUUUGAACCCUUCCGCUUUGGGCGUCUCCUCUAGGAACUUCUCUUCCUUGUCUGGACAUCAUCGGCAUCAUCACGGGCAGUCGUCACCUGAAAUAAAAACCCUGGAAGAAGGUUCAUCCACUUGCCCCCUGAGUUAUCUACCUCUUCUAGAUCGGGUACCAGACACGACGCGAUGGAUCAAGAUCAGCCAAGCACACCUGGCGACCGUUCCACGAUACGCCUUCUUCCGGUUUGGCAACAGCUUGACGAGCCUGGAGUGCUGGAGCUGCAAUAUCAGCAAAAUAGAACCAGGAGCCUUCGCGGGGCUACCGAAACUAGAGCGACUGCUACUCGCCGGUAACUGGAUUUCGUCGAUCCAGACGGACUGGUUCCACGACCUUACCGGAUUGAAGGAACUGGUGUUGCGGAACAACGACAUCAAGAAGAUCGAGGAAGGGGCCUUUUCCGGGCUGGUGAACCUGGAACGCCUGGACAUACACGGAAAUCAAUUAGAUUGCUUAUCACCGAACCUACUAUCGAGCCUACAUAAGCUGAAAUCGGUGAAGCUAGCGAGCAAUCCCUGGACCUGCGAGUGCAGAGAGACCCUGAAGAGAUACCUGACCGAGAGGAGCAUCGGCUACGAGAUCAGCGGAUCUUGCGCGGCCGGUAAAGAAGACGUCGAAGAGGCUUCCCAAAGAUGGAGACAGCGUCCAGGGUCCGAACUGACGGGAUUCUCUCACGAAUCCUGGCCUGAUCCCACCGAAGAUGGGUUCCAGCCAGGAUUCGUCGUCCUGGCGACUUUUGAACCCUCUGGCACGGUCCAUUGGAGUUCAGGAUUGGCCACUGCCAAGUACUCGAGGUCUACCAGGUCGACCGUACAGAAUCAGGCUCUUUCGACGCGAUUCCUCCACGAGGACUCUUCCAGUGCCUUGUACGAAUUCGAGACCCAAUCCACUUCGAAUUGUUUAAUAGAUAACGGGUAUCGGUCGAACGUUGGUCGGCUACCUUACGUCUGUUUCCGCAGCAGUCUGGUCGACCUGCUGCAACUUCCCAGCACCGUGGACGCCAUCAGGUUCACCAGGGCUACUUUGAAUUACAUGCCUUGCGAAAUGUUCUACAGAUUCGGCAGGUACCUGAGGAGACUUGAGUUCUACGAGUGCGGGAUCCAGAGUAUCGAUAACAGGGCUUUUGCCGGCCUGGAGAACCUGGACACCUUGGUCCUCAGAGGAAACGACCUCGAAACCGUCAAAGCCGAGUGGUUUGUCGGUUUGAACCGUCUGCGGUUGCUCGAUCUGCAGCAAAAUAAUAUCGCCAGGAUUGCGAACGACGUGUUUCUUCAUGUACCUUACCUCUCGACCCUGGCCAUCAAUGACAACAGGCUGAACUGCAUCGGAGUCGACUUUCUGGCUCGUCUGCAACACCUGCAAGUAGUCCACGUUUCCAAAAACCCCUGGAGUUGCCUGUGCGGCCAGAAGCUCCUCAGGUUCCUGGAGAGCGGGCGGAUCUCGUACAAGAGGGACUUCUUCAGGGAGAAGAUCAGAAACGGAUGGCAAUGUUACGACGUACCUUAUAUGGUCAGCACGGAGUACCCGGUCUCAACUUUGGCACCCAUCAGGACCACUUAUCGUUACACUGCACCACCUCCACCUCCUCCACCACCACCUCCACCUCCUCCGCCACCUCCACCUCCACCUCCACCACAACCUACAAGGUCACCGUCCAUCGGGGUGUGUAAAAGUGAAGAAGUCAUCGUCAAGCGGAGGAUGCACUACUCAUGUACCCUGGGAGAUCUCUCCACCCUGGAACAAAUUCCAAGUCACACCACUUCCAUCGAACUCCACGACCUACACAUUCCUCACCUGCCCCCUGGCAUGUUUUCCAGGUUUCACAAUCUGACUGAGCUGACCAUUCGCAAUUGUCAUCUGCGAGACGUCGAUCCCCUGGCGUUCCAAAAUCUCAGGAAGCUAGAGAGGCUGACCAUUCGAGACAAUUUGCUAGCGACUGUUGAAUCCUCCUGGUUCCGGGAUAUGAACAACUUGAGAAGUCUCGACCUGGCCAACAACUCCAUCCAUGAGAUAGAGGCCAACGCUUUCUCCCAUCUCUACAGGCUGGAGCAUCUCUCCUUGAACAGAAACAAUCUUAGAUGUAUCUACACGAAGAGCCUCCUCGAGCUCAGGAACCUGAAGACCUUUGAAUUCGGAGACAACCCUCUCAAGUGGAGGUGCAGAGAGGAGUUGGUUCAGUAUCUCGAGAUGUAUCGAGUUGAUUACAAGGCCUCUUUGAACCCUUGCUACGGGAAAGAGGUCGUUGGAGGUCUUCUGCGAGAAGAAGGCUCCAAGACGACGGCCUCGAAGACGACCUCGGCUGCGCCUUCUGCAGACAGUUUCAGCGCGAGAAUGUUUGGUUUCAUCGCCGGUCUUUUAUUAAUUAAUUGUAACAUUCGCUGACGCUCGUGAUCGGGGAUUACGAUCACCGAUCAUGCGGAUUCACAUUUUCGCACAUUCGUAGUGAAUUUUCAUUUGUAUGUUGUCGACGCCCUGUAAGCUCGAGCGUGCUACUACCGCUACCUUAAUUAUUUAUAGAACAGAUUUAAUUUGGCACCGCUGAUAAUACCGUAGCUGCCAAUUGUGCUUAUGUUCUUCUUUUUUUAAUACUCUGAUGUCAUUAAUUUUUCCGUAGAAGACUGCAACGUUCGGUAAUAAUUUCCCCUCUUGUGUUCAUCGCAGGUGUACAUGAACGCCUUAGGUACUCACGUCGAUUCUCAUUCCCUGGAAGGAAUGCCGAUGUAAUUAGGUACUUAAUUGUUGUUAACGUCGAGCGACUCGACUUUGAUAUUGACCAUUAUUAAUGUAAUAAUUUAUUAAUAAAAGUAUU